AGUAAAUACUAUAGCUAACGUUUUCCAAUAAUUUCAGCUGAAGAUGCGCCGACACCUGGGGACGAAGAAGGUUUCAAAGAUCUAAUCAAGUUUUGGAAGAAACAUGGAAUUCCAAUACCAAAAGAUUUAAUAUCAGAUAUGGCAGACGAAAAAGUGAAAAGGGCAAAGGCUAAAGGUCAAGGUCGCAGACGAUCGCGAGAAUUGGAAGAUCUGCACAUGUGUGCUUCAACAGGAAAGUUUAACCUUGAAAAAUUGUCACAGUUGAAUGAAAAUGAGGAGGAAGAUGAAAACAAUCAUAAACUUAGUGACUUGAAAAUUUCCGACAAUAAAAAUCACCAUGCAAAAAAGCCGUUGACGCGCCGACACACUGAUUCGACUUCACAAAUUGGCGCCAAAACGGCAACUCCAAGAGGAGGCUCUAUGACGAAAGCAGGGUCAAAGUCAUCUUUGAACGGUGUUCAUGCAAGUAGUCCGUCAACUCAGAAGAAACUGAUUGCGCGGUCUAUUUCACACAAUAAGUGAGAACAGAAAACAUCAUGGAAAGUGAUGGGAUUUUAUAUAAAUUUUGUGCUGUGAUUUUUAUUCGACAUCCGUCCAUUUAAUCUAAAUAUGAAAUAUAAAAUAAUUUCACUGUUUUGUUUCUGCUGCGUUUAAAAAGCAUGCGGUACCGUAGACGAUAGUGACGUCAUUAUUUGGCGUACAAUUUAUCGUCUGCUGAUAAUGCACAACUUGGACGCCUGAAUAAAGGGCAAGUUGGUGUGGAUUGCGAUGUUUAAAUUUUUAUCAACUACAAGUAUAUUUAAUGAUUCUGACAUUGAAUAUAAUUUUAUACGACGCCUUAAUAUUUUCGAACAAUUGAAACAUUUUUCCAAAGUUUAAAGCACCUAGAUUUCUAAUUAUAAAUGUGUUUAUAUUAUAGACAGUUUAUAUAUAUAACAGUAUUCAUUUUGUACAAAUAAAAUCUAACUCGUACUUGAUAAGAGUACCUGGAACGUAUUCUUUGUAAAUUUUGCUAGGUCUCAAUCUGACUAAAGUUCAGAGCUAGCUCAUUUUGUGAGCUAGGACAAUUUGUCUUCUAGGCCAAUAUGUCAGUUAGGUCAAUAUGUCAGCUAGGUCAAGAUGUCAAAAACACCAAGAUGCCAGCUAGGUCGAGAAGUCAGUUAGGCCAAGAUGUCAUCUUGGCCUAGAUGUCAGCUAGAUCAAUAUGUCAUCUAGGUCAAGAUGUCAGUUAAACUAAGAUGUCAGCUAGGUCAAUAUAUCAUCUAGGUCAAGAUGUCACUUAGGCCAAUGUGUCAGCUAGGUCAAUAUGUCAGCUUUGCUAAGAUUUCAGAUAGGCCAAGAUGUCAGCUAGGUCAAUAUGUCAGCUUGGCCAAGAUGUCAGUUAGGCCAAGAUGUCAGCUAGGUCAAUAUGUCAUCUAGGUCAAGAUGUCAGUCAGGCCAAGAUAUCAGCUAGGUCAAUAUAUCAUCUAGGUGAAGAUGUAAGUUAAGCCAAGAUGUCAGCUAGGUCAAUAUGUCAUUUAACUCAAGAUGUCAGUUAGGCUAUGAUGUAAGCUAGGUCAAUAUUUCAGCUUUGCCAAGAUGUCAGUUAGGCCAAGAUGUGAGCUAGGUCAAUAUUUCACGCGUGUGAUUUUCACAAGUAUGAUCCAUGCACCAUUACAAAGUACCAGAUCAAGAUACUUUUACAUGACGAUUUUGCUAUAUAGAACUACGUACGCAUACAUUUAACCCUUACGUAAUUCAUUACGUCAGCAGCGUCAUUACGGAUCACAAUGCGGCUUUUAAGAAAAAAGAAAUUCUGGUCGUAUUAAUGCAUUAUAAAUAUAGCACACUAUCAAAAGGUCGAAGGUUUGCUAUAUCAGAAAAGAAUAGAACAGAAAAUAGCAGAACAGAAUCGAAUAUAUUUUCAUUUUCAUAUUAUUGUACCGUAUUUGUUUGUGUUGUUUAUUGCAAUAUUGUAUUUAAAUAAAAUUAUAUUUAAUGUUAAUAAUUGAAAUGCAUAAUUAUAACAUUUAUGAAUAAACCGUAAACGACA